GAGAACCUAGCACGUUUGUGUUUCAGAUCAGAAGUGGAGCACUGAGAACCUAUCAUGUUUGUGUUUCAGAUCAGAAGUGGAGCACUGAGAACCUAUAACGUUUGUGUUUCAGAUCAGAAGUGGAGCACUGAGAACCUAUCACGUUUGAGAUAUGGAAGAUAACGACAUGCAGUAUGACUUCAAGAAAUUUCCAAAGCGUGGCCUUGUUUAUAUCAUUGUCAACGAGAAGUUUACCUCUGAGGGGUACCCUGACAGACUGGGUGCCUACACAGACUACAAAAACAUGAAAAAACUGUUCAAACCGCUCAAAUUAAAACUCAUGACAUUUUAUGAUAAAACUGCAAAACAGAUCAAAGAUAUCUUAAAUGAUGCUUCCAAUAGACCAGACCUUGCUGAACGAUCUUGCUUCAUUUGCAUUAUCAGUUCCCAUGGAGAACAGUGGUCAGAAACACAUACAGGUCACAUGUCGAGAAGAAAGUCGAUGGAGCAUGCCAUAGUCGGUAUUGAUGGCAUGCGAGUGUUAACGAAAGAUUUAGUGGAUUUAUUCUCAGAGGACAAGUGUCCUCACUUGAGAGAGAAACCAAAACUUUUCUUCAUUCAGGCGUGCAGAGAGUCUGUCUACAGUACUGAUCGCAGUGAAGCUCUGGACUCGGGCGUAAAUGUCCAGUACAUAGUGUCAGCCAAGGUGUCCAAAUAUCGACGGAUGAGAACAAAAUUAUCAACAAACACAAAUUUUGACAGUUCUGAUAAUAAACCAGAACAGUCAGAUGUUCCGUUUGAAGCACUGGAUGAAAUCAUUGGGACAGGUCCUGGAGGUAAGGACACUGAGGAAGAGGAGGAGGAGGAGGAGGACCAGUUUUCAGACGGCUAUGACACAGCGACUACAGACAACGAUUCUGGAGAUGAGGACAGAGAGACGGGACAUGAUGACGUCAGAAACAGGGACAGGUCAUCAUACACCAAACAAUACAAAGGCGUUGUUCCUGAAGGUGACGUUUUGCCAGGAAUCCAACACAUUGAGGCGAUAACACCUGAAGAUACGCCCACUGAUCAGGCCGACGCCGGAGGAAGGAAACCAAGGGUGGACACAAGCAUACAGGAAAUAGAGAGCGUGGAAGUUACCGCCAUCCCUUGUCACGAUGACAUGCUGGUGAUGUUCGCCUCCCCACCAGGUAAACUGGCAUGGAGAAGCACUACAGAAGGAGGCUGGCUGUUAGCGAACCUCUACAAUGUCUUCAAACAUUACAUACGCAACGGUGAAAUCUGCCACCGAGACUUUCUUACCCUCCUUACUGAGGUAUCACAGGAUGUUUCCCUCAAAGAAACUAACACAGACGAUCCAAAGUACAACGCAAUGAAGAUGGUCCCGACAAUUUACCACCAGCUCACAAGGGAAAUUGUUAUUUGUUCUAUUAAGAAAACAGGACUAUUACAAAAGCUUGUGGAGAAAGCCAAAGAUUUGAUUCCAAAAUGAUUAUCUGACAUGAAUUGCUCAAACAUUUUCAGGUCUAACUGUUAAUUCCUAAUGAGCUUGACUCAUUCACCCCUGAAAAUUUAUAAUGAACUAUUCCGUCCUUUGAAUUGGAUGAGUUCAAAUGUGUCUUCAGGGGUGAAUGAGUUAUGUAGAUUUUAACCAGGAGUAAAAUAUACACACAUUUGUUUCUUUUAAAACACAUUGUUUCAGUAAAUGAAAAGCUGAAAAUUAGGUCCCAAGUUUUACUGUGUCACACAUUAAAUAAUAUGACAUUGAUUUGAACAUCCAUUUUUUAGCAUAAAUAGACCACUUGUUAUUGUUUUGCUUUUGACUUACUUAUAAGGCCUAAGAAUUCACAAGUCUCAUACUUAUGAAGUAGGUGUAUUUUGUAGAAAGAUUUUUUAAUGAUUUUGUACAGGUACACAUGUUUUGCUAUGUGUGAUAUGAAAUCUGUAAAAACAAGAGGUCGCAGUGGCUGAGUGAUUAAUUAGGCGCUUGACCAUCUACAAUCACUAGCCUUCCACCACUGGGCCCCUGUUGCCAAGUGGUUUAGGCAUCCUACUGUCUACAUUCACUAGCCCUCUACCAUUGGGCCCCUGUGGCCAAGUGGUUUAGGUAUCUGACAGUCUAUGAUAGCUAACCUUCCACCAAUGGGCCCCCGUGGCCAAGUGGUUUAGAUAUCUGACAGUCUAGGAUCGCUAACCUUCCACCAAUGGGCCCCCGUGGCCAUGUGGUUUAGGUAUCUGACAGUCUAGGAUAGCUAACCUUCCACCAAUGGGCCCCCGUGGCCAAGUGGUUUAGGUAUCUGACAGUCUAGGAUAGCUAACCUUCCACCAAUGGGCCCCCGUGGCCAAGGGGUUUAGGUAUCUGACAGUCUAGGAUCGCUACCCUUCCACCAAUGGGCCCCCGUGGCCAUGUGGUUUAGGUAUCUGACAGUCUAGGAUAGCUAACCUUCCCCCAAUGGGCCCCCGUGGCCAAGUGGUUUAAGUAUCUGACAGCCUAGGAUCGCUAACCUUCCACCAAUGGGCCCCCGUGGCCAAGUGGUUAAGGUAUCUAACAGUCUAGGAUCGCUAACCUUCCACUAAUGGGCCCCCGUGGCCGAGUGGUUUAGGUAUCUGACAGUCUAGGAUAGUUAACCUUCCACCAAUGAGCCCCGUGGCCGAGUGGUUUAGGUAUCUGACCGUCUUCAAUCACUAGCCCUCCACCAAUGGGCCCUGCAGCCAAGUGGUUAAGGUGUCAGACUGUCUACUAUCGCUAACUCUCUCCCACUUGGUAACAGAUCCAAGGCCUACUGUAUGUGGGACAUUGACCUGGUACUGGCAACAAGUCUCCACCAACAAAACCUGGCACGUCCUUAAACGGCCAUAGUUGUUUAUAGGACAUAAAACAUAGACAAGCCAAAUCUCUAGAUAACAGGAGCAAUAGAGUAUACAUUGCUUUUGUUUUAUUGUUAUACAGCCUGGUGAUAUUAUAACUGUGUGUUCUGUACCUAUGAUAUUAUCACAGAAGGGUAAACAAUGUAUCAGACAUUUAAUUUUACUGCUUAACCAUCUUUUUUUUUAGAAUUUUUUAUUUUAAUGGGAACUUUUUUUGGAUAUGUUAAUUAAUAUGUUUAUUUCUCUGAUAGCUUAUAGCUUUAUUUAUACAUAUACCUAGUUGAAUGGUUAUCCUAGUUAUCCCUGAAUUAAAACGUAUAAUGCUUAACCUCUCGAUUCAGUGCUAGUGAAUACAGAACUGUAGGAGUACUGUCAGUUUACUAUAAAUAUACUAAAACAUAUAUCAUUAUGUAACAUUGUAUCAUAUUUUUCUAAAUUAUUAUUUGAUACAUU